GUGGAUAUGAGAGUUCAUAUAGGCUAGCACUCUACAUAAGCGGUUAAGGAGGUAGGUGAUGUUAUAGGAGCCCUGUUUUCUGAAAUAAGAAAUAUGAACGUGUUACUUUAGGCUAUAAUAUCUGCUAUUAGUAACUAACCCUAACCUUAACCCAUAACAUUAAACCAUUUUUCAAGAACGUCACGAUGAAAGUAGAUUAUGCAUUUUGGACGAAAGAGUUCUGAAUCAGAGCAAUACAGAUAAAAAUGUGCGCAGCCAAGGUUGUGUGGAACGCUAAUAGGAUCCGUUAACGGUUUGUUCAGGUGCACCUGAUCUGCCCCAAUAAAAUACAGCUUUAUAAUAUUGAGUGGUCGCAUUGCUGUGCGUAGGGAACAGAUUUAAACCUUUAAAGGAAGAAGAUGAGGACGAAGAGGAAUGAAAGCAAACGGAUAGGCAGACUGCAGAGCAAUGAAACGCGUAACAGAUCCUCAUUUAAAUACCUUUAGGUUUUCUUGUAUGCUUAGCCUAUAAUAAUAAUUUUACCGUUUUUUGCUCUUUAUGGUGAAAAAUUAAACUGCAACUGUUGUGAAGCUGUUUCAAUAUUUCGAAUAUUCAUAAUAUUCAAAAUGAACUUAUUAAUGCAGAUACCUAAAUAGGCCAGUUAGAUGCACUUUCAUAAAUUAAUUAAUUAAUGUUUUACACAAUGAAGGUCAUAAAGUGCACUAAUAUAAAACUACAGUCGAAAUAAAAAUUGUUUAAAAACAAUAACUAAAGAAAAACUUUUUAAAAAAUGUAUACUACAGUCGAAAUAAAAAUUGUUUAAAAACAAUAACUAAAAAAAUGUAUGUCUGUAUUCUAUGAAAACAAAAGUAUAAAUUACUAGGGGAACAGAGACUGCUGACAGCAUGUAGUCUAUAGAUUCUUGCAGUUUUAUGCUAAGACCCAAACGGACACGCCUACAAACAGUGCAUUUCGUGAUCGUUGUGUACCGAUCAGUAAAGGGGGCGUAUUUAUCAACAGUUAUCAAUGCGGACAGUGUCAUUUCAGUACAGCCAAAAUGAGUAGCCUACACAACACACAGGUUUGUCUGUUCAUGGAAGCGUAAUUUCUGUCACCCCUACGUGAUAUCUGCGCCAGUCUCUCUCCAGAGACAGGCUGCAGCCUUAGUGGAGCCCUUCCCUUAACUGACAAGUGAUCAAAGACCGGUGUAUAACAAUACACCACUGGUCAGUUUGAUAUCAGGCUAAUCUGAAGCGCCACGGAUGGGAGCAUAUGCUCGAGAUGUACUGUCUGUCACAGUCGUGAGUAGGAAAGAAGAGAGGGCAGCUCUUUUUUGUUGCUAAAUAGGCCUAAAUACUGCGCAGCGUAAAACAAAACGUGAAAGCCUCAAGUAAUGUUAAUCACGGACCUUAUUCAUAAUAUAAAACAGGAGCGGGAAAACAGGAACUGAAUGCUAAAUGGCAGACAAUAACUUUAUGGAGAUAUACUUUUGUAGGCUAUAACUCACAAGAAAUAGCCUAUAAAACUUUAAAUAAAUACAUACAUACGUAAAUGUAAAUCUAAAUAAAACAUACGUUAGUGUCCAUAUGUGUUAUAUUAGUGUCUAAUCUGUCCAAACAAGCUCAACCACAAGCACAGUGAUAACUGCAUAGCCCUUAGUGAUCCACAUCGCGUGCAGUCACGUGACAUUUUUAUCUUGGUGUAGUACAUUACUGUGCUGUUUCUUUAAAAGGGUCUCAAAGCCAUAGGUAAUAAUAAAUUAAGAAAUCAAAUUUAAAAUAUUCAGCGGGCUAACUUCCUAUAGGCUGUUCAAUCUCGUGUUGACGAAAGUUUCAGCCUUCGUUCAGCACCUUUGAGGCUGACAGCUCCUAUGACAAUGCACUUAAAGCGAUGAUUCACCCAAAUAUGAAAAUUAUGAAUUCUGUCAUAAUUUUCUUACCCUCCAAACCUGUAUGAAAUUCCUUAUUUUGCAAAACACAAAAGAAGACAUUGUGAAGAAUGUUUCAACACGUUUUGCCUAUACACUCAUAGUCAAUAACUUCCAAAAUAACAUUGGACCUCAUUGACAUUCAAAAAAGUAGGCUACACUUUUUUUGUGUGCCACAGAAGACAGAAAUGCAUUCAAAUUUGGAAUGACAUGAGGAUGGGUAAAAGAUGACACAACCUUCAUUUCUGGGUGAAUUAACCCUUUGAGCUCUUAGCGACCAUGAAACAAGCGCUACUUCGUCGUAAAAUAAUACGAAAUGUCAGGCAACGUUAGUUAAUGUUCAAAUUCUCUGACAAUUUUCCAAUUAAUUGUCUUUUAAAAAUUAAAUACAUUUUCCUCACAUAUUUAUACGGCUCCUGAAACGCUUUCAUCUCUAUUAUAAACUGUAGACCUCUGCAAUUUGGGGACAUAAGGAUUCUAAUGAUUGACUUCCAAAAAUACAAACAUCAAACACCAAGGAACAAUCAGGGUUGGCCUAUCUCAACGGGGAAGCCACUGUGACAGUAUGCAAAGGGAGGUCGUUCUUAAUUCUCCAUAACAAAAAAGUACAAAGGCCGGUCGGAGACCAAAGACAAUUUAACACCUCCCUCUGUCCGCGCGCCCCGGCGGCGCCUCAGCGGAUAGAGCGCGUCUCUCAUUAGGACACAAGAUGGGACGACCUGAAAGAUGCAGAGGUGAGGGAGGAGGGGGGUGGACAGCCACUACAAAAACAACUCAUCUUUCCUUCAUAAACGAACUUGGCUUGGAAGACAAACGUUGACGAGAGAGAAUUCCUUUUUUUUUUUUUUUUUGGGUAGGGCCUGGUCUGGGACUGUUUUGAGGACUAUGAGAAGUUUGUGAAAAUCCAUUUGGGGAAUAUCUGGAUUGCGGACUUGGAUAUCAACGAUAAAAUGCUAGCAGAGGGCAGGGAGUCGCCAGUGUCUACUGUUGCUCAUGCUGACAGUGAUCAAGGAGAGGAAGAGUGCCCUCGUAUUUCACUACUGAAUGGGAUAGACCAGAGUCGGCGGCACCGGACUGCUUUCACGAGGGAGCAGCUGACCCGUCUUGAGCAAGAAUACUGCAAAGAAAGUUACGUGUCUCGACCCAGACGAUGCGAACUGGCGGCAGCGCUUAACUUGCCCGAGACCACAAUAAAGGUCUGGUUCCAGAACAGGAGGAUGAAGGACAAGAGGCAGCGUCACAGUCUGCACUGGCCUAACGCACUGGACCCAAACCUGUGUGCCUUCAUGGUGAGUCAGGCAGCUGCUGGACUCCACUACCCGCUGCUGCCCCGCUUACCUCUUCAUCUAUACUCUCAUCUCGGCAUGGGGAGCCUCUCCGGUCUCUCAAACCCCUACAGCGCCACCACAAGGCCAGUGGACACUUUGCAUCUCCCUCCCUCGACCUACCCCUGGUUAGGUGGAUUUCCACAGCCGGCUCUCUAUUCCCCUGUCCAGACAAUGCACCAUCCCGCAGGAUGCCACUGUCCACAUUGCCUACAAUGGAGACCGGACCACCUGCUUAAACCUAGAGGGGGAGCUAGGACAGGCACGCAGCCCAAAACCUUCGGCAGUGCUUCGGGAUAAUAGGAUAAUGGUGCAUUUACCAUGAUAAAAGGAGUUGUUCACCCAAAAAAAUGAAAAUUCUAUCAUUGUUUACUCAUGUGCAUGUUGAUCUAAACCUGCAUGACAUUUUUUCUAAUGUGGGAUACAUUUUGAAGAUUUUUUUGCCCAUACAAUGAAAGUUUAAGGCUGUUUUGUAUUUAUGCAUCUGUACAGUUAUUCAGAAUCUAGAUAAUGUCACUCAUGAAGAACUAUUUUGUUGUUUAGAAAUCUUACUGUAAUAUAGAUAACGGUUUUGUUUACUUUCUUAAAAAUACUUGAUCUUUACAACAUUUUUUCAUCUAUUGACAUUUUUGCACCUGAACACUUUGUACAUAUAUGCUUUCCAAAAAUAUAUAUGACAAUAUUGACUAUUAAAAAUAUUUAUGGAAACAUUUUA